GACAAGGCUCAACAGCGGAAGCAAGACUUGGAGGAUUCACUGCAGGCACAGCAGUACUUUGCUGAUGCUAACGAGGCAGAGUCCUGGAUGAGAGAGAAGGAACCAAUUGCCGCAAAUACUGAUUACGGCAAGGAUGAAGAUUCAGCUGAGGCUUUGUUGAAGAAACAUGAGGCUUUCAUGGCAGAUCUGGAGGCAUACAGAAGUGUGAUUGAGGACUUGAGGGAGCAGGCACAAGCCUGUAAGCAACAAGAGGCUCCAGUGAUAGAUGACAUUGGUACAGAGAAGGUGGUGGCUGUCUACGACUACACAGAGAAAUCUCCCCGGGAAGUGUCCAUGAAGAAAGGAGAUGUCCUGACGCUGCUCAACUCGGCUAACAAGGAUUGGUGGAAGGUUGAGGUGAAUGACCGCCAAGGCUUUGUUCCUGCUGCCUACGUGAAGAAACUCGACCCAAGCCUGUCUGCUUCACGCAACAACCUCAUGGACGAGUACGCUAACCUUCUAGACCUGGCCAACCAGCGCAGGGAGAAUGUGCAGGAAUCGUGUAGAGCCUAUCAGCUGGUGCGUGAAGCUGGAGAGCUGGCGGCCUGGAUCACCGAGAAGGAGAGCCUGAUGGUAGGGGAAGAUGUCGGUGAGGACCUGGAGCAGGUGGAGGAGCUGCAGAAGAAGUUUGACGACUUCCAGAAGGAUCUGAAGGCAAAUGAGGCUCGGCUGCAAGAGUUGAACAACAUUGCUGACCGACUGACGGCCAUGGGACACACUGAGGCAGCUGAGAAGAUCAGAGAGCAGAUUGUUCAAUUGAACCAGAGGUGGGUGACGCUGCAACAUGUGACAGCCGAGCGAGCACAAACUCUCAGCAGCUCAUUUGAAGUCCAGCGGUACCACAGAGAGGUAGAUGAGACCAAGGACUGGAUCAAGGAGAAAGAUGCAGCACUCAACAUUGACAACUACGGCCAUGAUUUGGCUAGUGUUCAGGCAUUGCAGCGCAAGCAUGAGGGUCUGGAGAGGGAUCUGGCUGCGCUUGGAGAAAAGGUUCGUGAGCUUGAUGAUACAGCCCAGAGACUGAUGCAGACACAUCCGGAUCAGGCAGAGAACAUUUAUGAGCACCAGACUGAGAUAAAUGAGAUGUGGAAUGCUUUGACCAUCAAGGCUGAUGCCCGUAAAGUCAAGCUGUUGGAUGCCUAUGACCUUCAGAGAUUCCUCAGUGAUUAUAGAGAUCUGACCAGCUGGAUCAACAGCAUGAUGUCCCUGGUCUCCUCCGAUGAGCUGGCGAAGGAUGUCACCGGGGCUGAAGCUCUGCUGGAAAGACAUCAGGAACAUCGCACUGAGAUGGAUGCCCGCGCUGGUACCUUCCAGGCGUUUGAGCUGUUGGGUCAGCAGCUGUUGCAGAACCAGCAUUAUGCCAGCGAGGAUGUGCAGCAGAAGCUUGAGGAGCUGGCCAAGUCUAGGGAAGAACUGGAGCAAGCUUGGAUUGCCCGCCGUAUUAAACUGGACCAGUGCCUGGAGCUGCAACUGUUCUAUCGCGACUGUGAGCAGGCCGAAUCCUGGAUGGCAUCUCGGGAAGCCUUCCUUGCCGGUGACUCUGUCGAUGGUGACAAUGUGGAGACCCUCAUCAAGAAACAUGAGGACUUUGAUCGGGCCAUCAACUCUCAGGAGGAGAAGAUUAAUGCCCUGCAGAACUUUGCUGACCAACUGAUCCAGUCCAGCAACUAUGACGGACCAGCUGUGUCUGACAAGAGGGACCAAGCCCUGGACAGGUGGUCCAAGCUGAAAGAUGCUCUAAUUGAAAACCGAUCCAAGCUGGGAGAAGCUCAAACUCUGCAGCAGUUUUCACGUGAUGCAGAUGAGAUGGAGACCUGGCUGCAGGAGAAGCUGCAGAUCGCCAUGGACGAGUCCUACAAGGAUCCCUCCAACAUCCAGAGCAAACAUCAGAAGCACCAGGCUUUCGAAGCUGAGCUGGCCGCUAAUGCUGACCGUCUGCAGGCUCUACUGGGCACGGGGCAAAACCUGAUUGACAAACAUCAGUGUGCUGGAUCUGAAGAGGCUGUGCAGAACCGAAUCGAAAGCCUCCUUAGCCAAUGGGAGGAUCUCGUCAGCAAAUCUGCAGACAAGAGCGAGAAACUGAAAGAGGCUAGCAGACAGCAGACGUACAAUGCUGGGGUCAAGGAUAUUGACUUCUGGCUUGGAGAGGUGGAGCAGAUGUUAGCCUCUGAGGACUAUGGGAAGGAUUUAGCCUCAGUUCAGAAUCUGGUCAAGAAACAUCAGUUAAUGGAGGCUGACAUUGCAGCCCAUGAGGAUCGUAUCCAAGAUCUGAACGAGCAAGCUGACCAGUUUGUGGAAGCCGGAGUCUGGGACUCUGAGAGUAUCAUAUCUCGCAAGAAGACCAUCAAUGAGAGAUAUGAGAAGAUCAAGGAAUUUGCUGUUCAUCGUCGCAACCGUUUGAAUGAGGCCAACACUAUGCACCAGUUUCUCCGGGACAUUGAUGAUGAGGAGGCUUGGAUAAAGGAAAAGAAGUUGCUGGUUGGAUCUGAAGAUUACGGCCGUGAUCUGACGGGUGUGCAGAACCUGAAGAAGAAACACAAGAGGCUGGAGGCAGAGUUGGAGAACCAUGAACCAGCGAUUCAGGCUGUUCAGGAGACAGGUCAGAAACUGAUGCAGGAGUCUGACAUCGGAGCCACUGACAUUCAGAGCCGACUUGACCAGCUGGCUUCUAGCUGGGAGGAGCUGAAACAGAUGACCGCCAGCAGAGGUGACAAGCUGGAUCAGAGCUAUGCUUACCAACAGUUCAGUGCUAAUGUUGAAGAGGAAGAAUCCUGGAUCACUGAAAAGCUGCACCUGCUGUCCACAGGAGAUUUGGGUGACACCAUGGCUGCCGUACAGGGCUUGUUGAAGAAACAUGAAGCCUUCGAGUCGGACUUGCAGGUUCACAAGGAGAGGUGCGCCGAGAUCAAGCGUGAUGGCCAGACCCUGAUUGAGAAGGGUAACCACAACAAAGACAGUAUCAGUCAGCGGAUCUCUGGUCUAGAGGAGCGGCUGAGGGAGCUGGAUGCAGCAGCUGCCAAGAGAAAAGUCCAUCUCAGUGACAACUCUGCCUUCCUGCAGUUCAUGUGGAAGACUGAUGUGGUGGACAGCUGGAUUGCUGACAAGGAGACUCAAGUUCGAUCUGAAGAUUAUGGAAGAGACCUGUCCUCUGUGCAGACAUUCCUGACCAAACAGGAAACAUUCUCAGCUGGUCUUGCUGCAUUUGAGAAGGAAGGCAUCCAGACAAUCACCAACCUGAAAGACCAACUGGUUUCCAGCAAGCAUGAACAGACCCCUGCCAUCGAAGCUCGCUACAAUGCUGUGAUGUCUCGCUGGCAGAAACUCCUGGCCGACGCCGAGGACAGAAAACAGAAGCUGCUGCAUCUGCAGGACAAGUAUCGCCAGAUUGAGGACCUGUACUUGACGUUCGCCAAGAAGGCUUCAGCCUUCAACAGUUGGUUUGAAAAUGCAGAGGAGGAUCUGACCGAUCCUGUGAGAUGCAACAGUAUAGAGGAGAUAAAGGCUCUGAGAGAAGCCCAUGAACAGUUCAAGGCAUCCCUGAGUGCUGCCAAGGCUGACUUCAAAGGUCUGGAGUCCCUGGAUGCCCAGAUUAAAAGCUUCAAGGUGGGACCCAACCCUUAUACCUGGUUCACCAUGGAGGCUCUGGAGGAGACCUGGAACAAUCUACAGAAGAUUAUAAGGGAACGGGACAGUGAUCUGGACAAGGAGGAGCGCCGUCAGGAGGAGAACGAUGUGUUGAGGAAACAGUUUGCCCAGGCUGCUAAUGCCUUCCAUGCAUGGCUGACACAGACCAGGUCUGCUCUGAUGGAAGGUUCUGGCACGCUGGAAGAACAAUUGGAUGCCACCAGGAGGAAAGCGACAGAAGUGAGAGCACAGAAGAGUGGAUUAAAGAAGAUUGAAGAUCUUGGAGCUGCAAUGGAGGAACGUCUGAUCUUAGAUAACAGGUACACGGAACACAGCACCGUGGGUCUGGCACAGCAGUGGGAUCAGCUAGACCAGCUGUGCAUGAGGAUGCAGCACAACCUGGAGCAGCAGAUCGAAGCCAGAAACAGGAGCGGUGUCUCAGAGGAUGCCCUGAGAGAGUUCUCCAUGAUGUUCAAGCACUUUGACAAGGACAAGAGUGGCAAGCUGGAUCAUCAAGAGUUCAAGUCCUGUCUGAGAGCUUUAGGCUAUGACCUGCCUAUGGUGGAGGAGGGACAGGUGGAUCCAGAGUUCCAGGCUAUCUUAGAUGUUGUCGAUCCAAACAGGGAUGGAUUUGUGUCGCUACAAGAAUACAUGGCAUUCAUGAUCAGCAGAGAAACGGAGAACGUACAGUCCAGCUCCGAGGUGGAGCAAGCCUUCAGAGCUCUCACCUCCGGGGAGAAACCGUACAUUACUGCACAGGAGUUGUACGCGAACCUCACAAAAGAACAAGCAGACUACUGCAUCAGUCGAAUGAAGCCAUACGUGGACAAAACUGGCAAGCCUAUACCGGAUUCAUACGACUACGUCAGCUUCACCCAUCAACUGUUUGUCAACUAA